AUGCAUAUUAUUUGUUCCGGAUAUCGAAAUCUCAAGGAACUCAAAUUCAGAGAUGAGACUUCUGCUGUGGCACGAAAAGUCCAACGUCAAAAGCAAGUCGUCUUGAAAUCAUCACCAGCAAUCAAUAUUGCACCGACAGGCCAAAGGUUGCCCGACGAAUCAACUUCAGGCACAGGGAGUUUACAAUGUCUAAAAAUCUCGAGUUACCCCGAAGAACUUGCCCUUGGGUACUUCUUUUUCGUGUUUUCACAAUCCGGCCCAUUCUUGUAUAUGCUUGACCAUACAUCCGCUAUAGUGAUGGAUGAAGACAUCAAACAAGCCAUUUAUGCCCCGGCUCUUGCGUCAAUGGCUCUCGAGCACCGGAACCCAGAGCUGCUGCGGGUCGCGCGCUGCCACUACUCCAAAGCUCUGGCACAGACUAACCAAGAUUUGGGUGAUCCAAAAUUGGCUAUUCUUGACAAAACCCUCCUUCAAGUACUUCUUCUGUCGAGCUUCGAGGCUUUGGUAUUCGCGGGCCGAAGUACACCAAGGAAUUGGGAGCUGCACGUCCAAGGCUCGUUGAAGCUCUUGGUCUUGAGGCAAAAAGAGCAGUUCAAGACGGAACUUGGCCGCAGACUCUUCCAUCAUGCAAGCGUGAACAUACUGACGAACUGUAUAAUGCGUUGUAUUCCGAUUCCCGAGGACUUUUUACAACUGCACGACUACGUCAACUCUGGACUAUCGGGGCUUGACCACCCCAGAGCACAGAUGGUGAACUUCAUCUGCCGGUUCGCCAGAUUGUGGCAGUCCAAACGGGGUAUGUUGGCAACAGACUUUGUGAGGGAAUGUAUGGAGCUUGACGAUCAAGCCGUUCAGAUGAUUGAUAGCCUUUUCGAGCGCUUGCCAUUCGAAGUUAUUGACCUCACUACAUCUGACCAGCGGCGGAGAAGCCCAGAUGCAAAGGUCUGUGUUUACAAAAAUACCAUACACAAGUACGAAUCACAGCAUUCAGCCCGAAUUUAUAACACGGCACGCCUGAUGAGGCUUGUGAUCAAGGAAUGGAUAUUCUGUGUUUUUGACGGGAAUUCCUACGGCCUCAUUCUAGACCAACCGGCCAUAGACGAUCCUCUCGCAGCGGACUGGGGUGGAUUGCCCAUCCAUGCAGUGCUAGAGACGAGCGAGAUAGUCGACGACAUGCUGGCCAGCGUGCCAUACUCGCUCGAAAUAACCAACACGCCUUCAAGUUCGAACGCGCGAGCGCUGGUCUGGCCACUUGUCAAUGCCGCUGCUUCCGAAAUCUGCCCCCCGCUGGCGAGACUGUACAUAAUAGAUCAGCUGAAGGGAAUAGCCGUCAAGUUCAAUCUGGAUCAGGCUAUGCAUGCAGCAAGGAUGCUUGAAGAGCGAGUACCCUUGGAGGGUUGGAUGCAUCUUCUUCAUCUGUCAUAA